AUGAGCUCCAUCGAUAUCGUAGUCUUCCGCAACGCGUCAGUCAACAAGGCCCAGAUUCUUCAAGAAACCGUGAAUAAUUCCUUAAACAUAACGAACAACGAUCCCAAUCAAAAUGUGAGACGUGAAAUUAUAGUUUUAAGAAAAAAACAAAGGAUCCAACCCGCCGAUACCGUGUCUGUGCCUGCACUGAUGCGAACCAUUGAGCCAUCCUCAUCAAGCGUGCUAGCGAAAAAAGCAAGAUACCGAGAAAAUACGAGUUCGGAUGAAACUGUGCGUACACCUACACCGCUAGCGGUCGCUCGACGGAAUGCGCGGGAACGGAACAGAGUACGUCAAGUGAACGAUGGAUUUGCGGCUCUCCGGCGACACAUACCCGAAGAAGUAGCCGCGGCGUUUGAGACGACUAACUCCAACAGAGGACCGAACAAAAAACUCAGUAAAGUGGAAACAUUAAGAAUGGCGGUCGAGUACAUACGGAACUUGGAAAGUUUACUUAACAUCGGCCAUGCUGACAAAGAAAACACGUCUCGUUCCUGCAUGGAAUCAUUCCCUUCGCCAGCAUCAUCGUCUCCGAGAGAAAACAGUCAAGAGAGGAGCUAUUUCAUGAUUAGUUCGCCUGCCCUAGAAGAAGAGGAACUAGAUGAAGAUGAAAUAGACGGACUACCUGGCUUACGUCAGCAGCAGUAUGUCGACAUUGCAGCCUCAGAAAAUUUCCACUUAGUGUCUACGCCACAUCUGUACGAUGAAGAAGAAGGCCAACCUCUUACACCAUCAUCGGAUUUACUGGUUCAAGAUGAAGUAAAUUCACAUAUCCUAGAUGCACAUUUUCAGUUUCCAAAUUCCGCCGAACAUUUCUCUGUAAUACCCGAACAAAAUUACCUGAGUGAAACGGAAGUGCCAGUCAGUGAAAGUGAUUUUGAAAUAAAAUACGCGGAUUCCCUUAAUCAACACAUCCAACAAAGCUUCAAUGAAAACACUGAUAUACCUUUUGCUUUGAAUCCGGAUCUUAUUCUUCCCGAAAACCAGUUCAAGUUCAAGGAAAGUGACAAUAGUUCUUUCACGGAAAACGAAGAUUUUUGUGAAGUUGAAUUAAAAAAGGAACUUCCAGAUAUCCAAGUGACGCCCGAGGACAGAGAACAAUUCGAAGAAACUCUAAAAUGGUGGCAAGAGAAAACGAGACAAACCCGUCCUACGAAAACUCUUAAUAAAAAAUAAUAAUAUUUAUGAACAAUAAUUACGAUAGGAAAAUGUUGUAGAUAAAUUUACAUAAGAUAUUUAUUUUAAUUGUAAUAGAAUGAAACAUACAGCUGUGUGUACCAAAGUGCAAGGUGUGUUGUAACGGUCAAUGUUAAGCGCUUGGCAAUUAAUGUUAACGCUCUUGUUUACUAUAGACUUUGUACAUGUUUCAGUCGCGAUUUGAAUGUAUGUAGGUAGUUCAGUGUUUUAUCUAAGAUCUCUAAUCGCUCACUAUUAUUUAUUUAUUUAAGUGUCUCCAUGAAGUAUUGUUUGUAUGUAAUUUAAUAUUAUCUCGAAUUUAAAGGCACCUAAAAAUUUUGUAAAUGAUUUAGAUGUCUCUAAUAAAGUGCCUUAGGAUAAUAUGAAAAUUGUGAUACAUUAUUAUUAUAUUACUAUGUACAUUGGUAUGUAAUAAAUUUUGUAAAUUU